CACGAGUAUGCAGGCCAAACCAAUCACGACCACGAGUUUAUUCGCCGCGCGACCAGCGCCAUCGUGCAGUUUCACUUGCACACGAAUCCCGGACUCCAUCCCGCUGUCAGGUAUCCCGAAAGAGGAAUACCCUACUAUGACCACGACUCGCUAGCUUACUCCCCGAGUCGCAUAGUAGGAUUAGCGGUUUGCGUUUCGGGAGGACCUGCACAGUCUGCGCAUCGAGAAACGUGCGUGUUAAUAAACUGGGCCAGCCCUCUUGGAUCUUCGGUGACAGCCUGGGCCUUCAAUGAAGUUCACACUGCCUGUCUACCUGCCACCCAGAGCUGCCUAGUUCGUCCUCAGCUGUGACUACUUUCCAAUUCGUUUCUUGUCUUUUCCCCUCUUCAGAUUGUCCGCUGCACGAGUGUACGAGUGUAUCGCUGGUUUCGAUGCUCCGCACCUGAAAACAACCAAAAAACAUGGCUGCGGAAAUAUUGCUCCAGCAUUUGCUUGUCAAUGCGCCUGAUCCCGAUGAGCCAUUACCGUUGUCGAAUCAGCCAGCAACUCUCUAUGGCGUUACAUUAUCGCUUCUUGUCGUAUCAUGCGUAUUCGUGGCGAUACGGAUAUGGGUGCGCUUCCGGGUGAUGCACGAGCCUGGAUGGGAUGAUUUUCUGGUUGUACUGGCAGCCAUAUGUAAUGUAUCAGCUACAGCUUGUCUUCUGCGCAGCAUCAAGUACGGACUAGGACAUCAUUACCUCUACAUCGGUAUCCAAAACAUGGGGGACUAUCAGAAGCUUUUCUGGGUUAUGAAUUCGGUUUACAUCAUGGAAACGGCAAUUAUAAAAAUGUCGCUGCUGGUCCAAUACCUGCGUAUCUUCAAAGCGGGUACCAUGCGUUGGAUCUGUCUGAGUAUGCUGGGCAUCGUCACUGCUUGGGGAAUCACUUAUAGCUUUUUGAGCUGGUUUCCUUGCUUCCCAGUCCAGGCGUUUUGGGACCGUCUCAGCUACCCCAACGCAAAAUGCUACGGCUUCGGGUUCGACUUCAACGAUAUUGAAAGUUUCGUUGCGCUUUUCACAAGCCACACGGCUCUUAACAUGGUGUUCGACUUCACCAUAUUCCUCACCCCGAUGGUUCUCUUCACUCGACCAAAGCUGCUGCGAAAGAACGUGCUUGCUUUGGCGGGCAUCUUCGCUAUUGGCUCAGUCGUCGUCAUGAUUUCCGUCUGGCGUCUUCACUCCAUCGUCGUACACCGAGCCGCCACGCAACCCUACAUCGAUUUUACCUGGUGGGCACCCCAUGCGCUCCUCCUAUCCUGUCUCGAAAUCGAUCUCGCAAUCAUGGUCGCCAGUAUGCCCGUCUUCUGGCCAGUAAUGGAAUCCUCCUUUUCCGCAAUCUUCGUCACCCACGAAGUCCACAUCACGGAGCAUCGACGUCUGGAAGACGAUGACGAACUCUACGAACUCGAGGAAGGGAAAGUUGCAGAGAGGAAAAUGAGUAUCCGAAAGGGUAGCUUGAAGAGCGACAGCGGAAACUCGCGCGAAGAGUUGACACGAGAGCCGUCGAAUGAACGGAAGGUGGAAGGCGUUAGUGAUCACUACAAGGACCCGUACAACAUCGCACAGGUGGAUCCUUUCGGAGUGGAAGCCACUGCUGGCGUGAUCGGUGUCGAGACAAAUGCCCAUUCAACCGCGGAAAAACCAAAAUGGAGAGGAUAUGAAUGA